AUGAUCGAGGAAGGCAGUAAACGAGGCAAGGCCAUGGUGGAGAAGAGACAGCUCUUCAUGGAAAUGAGUGAGUGGAGUCGACUGAGAGAAAUAUCUAUUCACUAUUCAUAGUCAGCAGCAGCUCUUGUUAUUCUCUGACUGGCUCCAAGUUGCGCAGGAGAUACGUGGUCCUUCACACAUACAGUAUAAUUCCCCCCCACGCAUGGACAGAAAUAGUGUAAAAAUAUUCCUAAAAUGAGCCUGAUUGUAUUUGAAGAGAGCUUUUUUAGGAAUAGCUUAAAAGGAGGUGUGAUAAUUCAUGCUUUUAUUUUGCAGGAGCUCAAAACUUUGACGUUAUAAGACUGUCGACUUACAGGACUGCCUGCAAACUUCGAUUUGUGCAGAAGAGAUGCAACCGUAAGCACGUGUUGAUUCUUGAAAAACUGCUCUGACGCUGUGUAAGCUGUAAAAACGUUCAUCCAAACAUGAUCACAGACUUGAAUGACCACUUCCUGUCUGUUUGCACCCCCGUCACAGUUCACCUGGUGGACGUCUGGAACAUGAUCGAAGCCUUUCGCGACAACGGGCUCAACACGCUGGACCACAAUGCGGAGAUCAAUGUGUCGCGGCUGGAGACGAUCCUGUCUUCCAUUUACUACCAGCUUAACAAGCGGCUGCCCACCACACACCAGAUCAAUGUGGACCAGUCCAUCGGACUGCUGCUCAACUUUAUGGUGGCCACCUAUGACAGGUAAGGGUCAGGUGCAGAAUGUGGACUGAGUAACUCCUCAGGUGGAGCUCCAUUUCUUGACAGGCUGCUGUACACACUGCAAAGCCUUUUCCAUGUUAACAGAUGGGACAUGGAUUAGACCUAAACAUUAAAAAAAAACAUGCAAGCUUUUUUUUCUAGGGGUGAUGCUGGCCUAGCAGUCCAAGCAUGAGCCUCUAUGGAAGUUAUGCCUGAAGCAGAUCUGAUACUAGCUUGCGGCUCCUUUCCUCACUCUGCUUUUCCAUUUCCAAUCCUCUGAAACAAAAGCAAAAAAGCCCAAAAACAAAGAAAGAAAGAAAGAAAGAAAGAAAGAAAGAAAGAAAGAAAGAAAGAAGUUUCAUCACAGAUGUUUGUAACUAUCAAGUAGGAAGCUUCAAAUUGCCUUGUUUGUUUCCUAGUUGGUUCAUCAAAACUGACAAACCAAGCAGACUAGUCUAAAGUUAAGAAAAAAGUCAGACAACAGUCAAAGCUGCGUACAGUUUAUUUAAGACUAACGACUACUGGGAUCACACUGUGGUUAAACAAUGUCAAAUUGGUCUGUGGCAUGUGUCAACCAUUAGCAGAUCUAGCACCACCAGCGUUUGGGCAAGAGGAAAAGCCUGCCAAACCAUGCUACAGUAUAAGACAGCCUCCAGGUUGUGGACUAUUAAAGCGUUUUGGUGGUAGUAGUUAUCAAGAUUUUAGUCAAACAGGAAUAAAAAUCUUAAUAACAUGUUAAACCAACUUUUAACUCUGUUUCAUAUUAGUGAGGUAACAAAUUUUGCCUCUUAGUCCCAUUCUCUGUUGUUUCUGCUCCUUCAGACAGUGAAGAUUUACUGCUUUCCCUCUCCUAUCCUUUGAAAAAACUCUCUCCAUGUUGGUUCUGUCUUUCCAUGGAGCUUGAGAAUGGAAAAUUUGAAAACGUUGCAGGGUCACUGCCCUACUUUUUUAGACACACAUUUAAUGAAAUUUUAAAUGCUGGAUUUAGCCCAAGCAGAAUUGGCCAUGAGUCCCUGGAUUUUCACAAAACUUACCCAAAACAAAACUCAACUUUCCCCACUGCUAGCCUCUUCACAAACAGCCCAUUUAUCCAGCUUUAAGGGCUCAAAUAUCUUUGUAAUAAACUGCAAAAUGUUCAAAAAAAUACAGAUGCUGCUCUGUGUGACAUGGGAGAUAGAAAUGUGUCUCCGGUUCACUGUACAUCCCUGCUCUUAAUGUCUAGUCUGCGCUCAAGGCCUCUCCCUCUGAGUACAGAGGUUUAUUAUUGACCGUGGAGCUCUCUCUCAUUAUUGUACCUUGUGUGCUCCAAUUGAUUGGCUGCUUGCCCUGCCCAUUCAUUGACCCGUUCAAUUGGUUUACUUUUAUCUGUAAGGCCACUCCGACCUCGCUCUGUUAUUACUCCUGCUGCUCUAUCUGCGGGAAACUCGGUGGAAACGACCGCCUGCGAUCGCAGGAAGCAGUUUCACUAUCUGUCCCCGAGGUCUUAACUGAAUUAUAGGCAAAAGAGCUUUCAUGUACUGCGUUACCUCUGCUCCAGAGCAGAGGCUAAAUGAAUGUGAAAUGAAAGAGCGGCUCUCUGAUGGCAAGUUAGUAAGAUUUAAGGAGUCUCGAGUCAGCUUUAUAAUGACCUGGAAACACUGAGUUAAUCUGAGAUUUAAGGAUUAGCUCAUGAUUUUUUACAUUUCAUACACUGUUAGAAACGCACUGUUGUUUUUAUAAUGUUGUUUUAAAGGAUUUUAAUGUUGAUCUUGGUGUCAAGUUUUUGUCUCGUUUAAUAGAAAUGAAAAAAUAAAAAUAGAGAAAAAAUGAAAUUUCCUCAGAGUGGAAAGGCCGAGGACACGGCAAAUGUUCAAGUCUUCUGUCAUAUGCAAAUCUACAGCUGCAGCCUCUGUAUGUGUCUGGGAUUACUGCUAAAACCCUCCCAAAUACAUUGUGUAUCAAAAUACGGUUGCACCUGCUUUAUAAUCUCAGCUGUGCAUCCAUAAGAAACUUUUUAAUUAGACAAAUUUCUCCAAGGGAACCUUCCCAAAAGGAUCAAUAAAGUUCUAUCUAAUCUAAUUUUAUCUAAUCUGAUCUAAUCCAAUCUAAUCAUGCAUGCAUUUGUGAAGCUAUUUCUGCAGUUUGGUGAAAAUUGCGCAAGUUUGUGAAUCACAUCUGGUCCAAAUCUUGUGUUUUUUUUAUUUUUUUUAUUGUUAUUAACAUUUAGCAUUUCUGUGCUCAUCAUCAUUCCCUUUAUGUUACAUGAAGAGGGCCAAACCAACAAUAACUUCAACUUCAAAUCAGGGGGUUUCACAGAUACAGAAAAGCAAGCCCAAAUAAGCAACUACUAGUUAAAAACAAGCCCAAAAAAGCACGGCUGUGACUCACGAGUUUUACAAGUGACUUCUGAGAGAAACAAGCCUAAAGUUGUUUGUAAUAAGUGCACUUGGCAACUAUAAGGGAUCUACGAAUAUUUUGCCGAUGUUUAAACUUUUCUCUGUUCAUGAAUGCAGAUCUAGGAUGUACACACGUGCGUCCAAACAGAAAUAAAACAAUGGCUAGGGUUUCAAAAUAAAAGCAACACACUUGUAUAGCAUGUUGAUGAUUUAAUUGACAGACCUGAUGAAGGGCCGGGCAGGGACAUCCAAAGGGCCGAAUGUGGCCCUUGGGUUGUAAAAUGCCCAGGUCUGCUCUAGAGGGUUUGCACCAUAAGGCCUCAACAUCACCUUUGUGCCUGAGUCUGGAUUAGCAGACGUUAAUCAUGGUUUGUAUUUUCAAUAUAUAUCGACCACCGUCUUUGGUUUUAGGGUAGGAAAUUAGGAAACUAAACUUUGACACAAUGGUCAGCUCAAGCAUAUUUUUCAUAUUCCACUGGUUAAAUACAAACUCAAAGAAAGGGCAUAUAUAAAAUAACUCCAAACAUAAUUCAUGUCUUGAUCCCACAAAAAAGGUUGAUUUCAAACUUUUGUUUUGAACACUGAGAUUUCACUGCGUAAGUCACACAUUCUUGCUCUGAUGAAAUAUCACAUUUGUUUGCAAUUGCAGUGAGAGUCAUGGAAAGCUGACAGUUUUCUCAAUGAAAGCCAUGCUGGCGACAAUGUGUGGAGGAAAAAUAGUGGACAAACUACGCUGUGAGUACAUUUCAAAGCACCUUAAACACAGCAUGUUUAACACAAUCGCUCUGUCUCUAUAUAAGCUCUAUGGGUUUUCCCUGAUUCUCUGCAGUCUGAUGUCAUUGUAAACUCGUUUCCAGGGUAUUUUGGGUCAGAGCAUCUUCAUGUAGUUCCUCUGCUUGAACACACAGGGGCGCUGUUGUAACAUGUCUGCAGAGUUAAUCUAUCUUCCACUGUGCAUAUUUUAACUUUAUGCUGAGUGCACAGACCGUCUAGGGAUCAAUAAUAUGCAGUCACAAAAAUGUCAAAAGCCCACUUUGCACUCUGUUCCUGCUAAGAAUAUUAAGUCUGACAUUUGCUGUCUCAGAUAUUUUCUCGCAGAUCUCAGACUCAAGUGGAGUCAUGAUGUUUGCAAAGUUUGAUCAGUUCCUGCGCGAGGUGCUGAAGCUCCCCACAGCCGUGUUUGAGGGCCCCUCUUUUGGCUACACGGAGCAUUCGGUGCGGACGUGCUUCCCUCAGCAGGUAUGAGGGGAAUACUGAACGACCCAGACUGAUUUUUCCUCUCCGUCUCUAUAAUCUCUAUAACUGAUGUUCUAUUUGUUUCUAUGUGUUUCUAUCCAGAAGAAGAUCAUGCUGAACACGUUUUUGGAUGUGUUGAUGGCUGAUCCUCCCCCUCAAUGUCUUGUUUGGUUACCGCUCAUGCACCGACUUGCAAAUGUUGAAAAUGGUAAGAUCCAGUUUCUACUUGCAUUAACAAACCAAAACAAGACUCUGAGUAUACAUAUCAGCGAAAUAAGAUAAAUAUUUGUCCAAUCAUGUCUUAGUAGCUUGAUUUAAGCGUAAUGUUUACUUAUUUCAAUAUAAAAGGACCUAAAUCCUCGUUAUUUUUAUUGUCCUUGUCACUGCUCAGUCUUCCAUCCGGUGGAAUGUUCAUAUUGCCGGAGCGAGAGCAUGAUGGGUUUCCGGUAUCGGUGCCAGCAGUGUCAUGGCUACCAGCUCUGCCAGAGCUGCUUCUGGCGUGGCCAUGCCAAUGGUCCCCAUAGCAACCAGCACCAGAUGAAGGAGCAUUCAUCGUGGGUAAGACAAAGCCCUGAUCAAUCCUGAUUUUAAAUCCCGCUGUUCCCUUUUUGAAACAAUCAAAGCGUCAAUACCUCUGUGAGAAAGUAAAACGAUUUCACAUUAUAGCUGAGCAUCCAGACGCUCUCUACGUUUCCUGUCCUCUCAGAGCAACACGAGGGGGAGUUAAUGGGGUUUCAAUCAUUUUGGUAAAUUAAAUUCUAUUGAUUGGAUAUGCUGUGUUGCCUGAUAUUAAUGCUGUAUGUCACAGACAUUGUAUCCCAAAUCAAAUCCCCAAUCCUAUUCCUCAUAAACAAGUGAGUCUCCCUGAGACUUGAUAACAAGAGUGUAUGAAACACAAAUCAGUGACUGUUAUAAAAUAUAUUUAUGGUUUAUAUCACAAAGAACGGCCUGAUAAAUCUUAGUACUCUCAACACAAAACUGAUUUAAAUCAAGACCAGCUUGUAUUUAAGACUUAGUUUUCAAUAUUGUCCUGUGUUUAAAAUCAUCUGUGCUGCAUCAUUUUGACAGGGUGCAGGGUUGUUGUCAUAUCUGUUACUGUUUCACUUCUGCUGUAUUUCAUUGAGGUUCACAGGGUAGAUUAUUAAUAGAAAGGCAAGGCUUCUAUUUUUUCUUAUUAGAUGUAAACUAACAAGUAAACUCAAAAAAAAAUGGGGAAAAAAGGAAAAAUUGGAAAAAAAUAAAAAUAAAUAAAGCCAGUGUCAAUUUUUUUUUUGCUAAAUUUUUAAGGUACAGUUUUUAAGGCUGUAUUUCAUGGUGCUGCUUAUAGGGUUUUGAAAUCAUCUCCAUUACUCAGUCAGAUGUAGCUUGAUCUAUCAAGUUGGAAACAGCUUACAUGGAGCAAUGUUCAUAUAAAAAAUGAAACAUCUCAACAUAAAAUGCUCUCUUUAAGAAGUUAUACUCAUAUUAUGUUGCGUGUUAACAGUGUUUUUGUGUAUGAGUACUUUUAAAAAAAUGAUAAACUUGCCCUUUUAGAGACGCUCACUACCUGCUUAUGCCACGGUCUGAACAAAACUGAUAUACAGCUGAAUUCUUAAGUGACAAGCCAUUCAAAGCACCCUAUAGUCCCCUUUGGGAAUGACUUAAACACACAUUAACCUCAAAAUCUGAAACUUUGCUUCUGUUCAGUACUGUAGUCUAACAUUUUCACUGAACAGUUGUUUUCAAAAUAGGAUAAAUGCAGAAUACCACCUCUGUAAACUUAGGAAAUGUACGCAGCACGACUGGAUUGUGUUUCUUAAAAGUCAAAAAUUUUAAACAGGGAUUAAAAAAAAACUGUACGGUACUUUGAUUAAAUUGUUUAAGUAGACUGUAGAAGCGGAGAGAGUAAAUGUGGGUAUUUAUGCACAGAUAUCUCGGCCACCUUUGCCUAUGUCAGCACUCUGAUUUGGCCACCAUGGUUGAAAAAGCCUCAUCACACCCCUGAUGCAUAAUCACCAACUUUACAAGGUGCUUCCUAGUAUUUGGCCCUCACCUCUGUUCAUAAAAUUGAAAUGAGACUAAAUAAGUCAAAGGCAACAGCAAUACAUAAAAGUUCAAUGACACCAGAGUCUGUAUUUCAUGCUGGUCUUCACCUCCGGACUUGAAGUAAUACUCUCGAGUCCUGCCCUUAUUUUGACAGAAUGACCUCCAGAAUCGAAGCCAUAUUUUCAUUGAGCCUUAAGGUCCUGUAAGAGUUACUGUGGUUGUCAGAAACAUGUUAAAAGAAUUUAUUACAACGUUGAUUUAUCAGGUGAAAGAGCGCAAGGGGGAACUUUUAACUUUCUAAAAGUUCUCUUCUAACAAACUCGACAGUCAGAUGAUAAAAACACAAAAACUCUAAUCACACGGCUGACCUCAGUUCCCCACAUGACAUAGAAGAAGAAGAACAGACUCAUUGUGUUGCAGUUUUGUGAAGUAGCAGAUUUAAACACUUCCUGAAUCUGCACAAACUCCUGCUGAUGCACACUUCUGACACAGUAAACAAAUCGUUGACCCAGUUAUGCAAACUACCUCUGAAAACAGUUUCCACUAACAGAGCACUAUAAUACCUCUCGACUUAUUAAAAACUUAAACGUGAUGGAGUCUUCAUUUCUUCCCCGCAGAAGUCUCCGGCCAAAAAGCUGAGCCACGCAAUCAGUAAAUCUCUGGGCUGCGUCCCCAUCGGAGAACCGCCGCAUCCUGUGUUCCCCGAGCAGGCGGAGAGGCCGCAGGAGCUCACUCACACCGUGUAAGUCCCGUCCACAACACAUUUAUAACCACUACAUGUGUCACUCAUGAGGGAAACCCAACUCACAGCACAGCAUGGCUCAGUGUGCUCAUGAUCUACAGUCUGCUCUUGUCAUGUUACGGCCUCCAUCUUUCCAUUUCUCUGUCACCACAUGACUGAUGGAGAGCCAUGAUGCUGAGAUGUCAGCCCAUGAUUAUUCGCUAACGUGGAAACAGUGAUAUAUACUCGGCAGGCUCAGCUGCAGCCGUCCCCGUAAGCCUGUUGGCAGUGAAACAUGUAUGUUGGUGUAAAUCUCACAUGCAGCUUUGAAAGUCAUUAUAGGAAAUGCAAUAUAUUACAGUCGGCUGCUGUCUUUUAGCCUGCGCACUCAUUUACAUUUCAGUUGAAAACGGCAGGAUUUCCAUAAUCAGUUCCAGCACAUCGAUGCAGCCAUAAGGGUCCACACUGAUACAGUUUUUUCUGUUUCUGACCAGUUACACUAAAUUCUGGUGCUUCCAACGGGACAAACUCUGUAAUAUUUCAGUUAAAGGGGGUGAUUAAUGGUUUCUGUUUGUCCGUGGCCUUAAUAAGAUCGCUGGAAAUCCCUCAACUUUCUUAUUCGAGCCGACGACAUUCCUCAUGGCACAUUUCAUAACGCAAUCCUGCUUCACAUCCCAGUCACGACCGUACAGCUAAGCUGUGUGUGUGUAUGCCUUUGCUGCUGGCAAGUGUCACUGAGUAAUUGAUAGUGGGGGGAGAAAACCAGCUCAGCCAACGCCAAGAAAAAUAGACACAGCGUAAAUACAUCAACAUGAUUUUGUGUUCUGCUGCGUGAAAGCUACCAUCAUCUCUGAAUCAGCUCUUACAUCCAUCCUCCGCCAGCUGGUCAGAAGUUUUUUUUUUUUUUUCUAUUUCUGCAUUGUGCCCAAACUUAUGCAUUUAAGAUGAAGUUUACAUUUGCAUAAAUUUACCAUUCAUCAUAUCACAGAGUCGAGGCUCGUCUUAGAUGUUUACUCAUCCAGCUGAGAGAUGAGACGAUUGGAUUAGCCCGUCCUGUAUGGCUGUUUAGCAUGAAAUUACAUCACGCAAGUAGAUUAAUAUUGAUGAAGAUAACGUUUGUGACUAAACUACUUUGGAUUAGGACUCUGCUGUGCCCACAGCAUGUAAUAAUCCUCAAUGCUUACUUUUUGUGACACUGAUUUAUGUGAAUGAUGGAGGCCUUAAAAUCCUUCUGGUUGUUGAACAAUAAGUUGAGUGUCAAGGCCAAAUUAAAGAAGAGAUAAUGAUGAGAAUAAAGCUGAAAUAUUCCAAGAAAAGAGGUGUAAUACUACAAAAGUUGGAGUGCCUGUGUGUUAUUAAGUUUGGGCGAUGUUGGAAUAGCUUUUGCACAGUCUGUUCAGGAUUGAUAAACGAUCACUGUCCGCUCUGUACCCUCGGUUAUAUGUUGUAAAAAGCGUUUGCCCUGCAGGUGAUCUGAGAGAACUGGGGUAGGUCCCUCAUUUGAGUCUAGACUUAUGAUUAAGUGCAUCUCUGUUUUUGCUCAGCUGGUUGUUGUUGCUCUCUGUUUUUGGAUUGUGAUGGUCCCUGCACGGAUCACCAGUUAUCACGAGGAAACACAAAAAAAACAGAGGUUGUACUAUUUUGGGUCCAGUUAUUGAGAUCAGACACAGAAAAGCAUCAAGACACUGCAGGAAGGAAGAAGGUCACUGCUGCUUAAAAGAGGAGCAAUGCAGGAGUCAGGGGCGGAUCUGCGGUGUAGCUACAGGUGCCCCAGCCCCAGUGAGGGUGUCCCCCUCACUGAAAUUUGAUUCUACACCCUAAAGUCCUAAAUUAUGAUUGGCCAUUUGCAGAUUAGUAGAGGGGACUUGUGUUAAAAUCAACUAUUUUGGCCCAAAUGAGCUAAACUAUUUGCAAAAUAUUAGAUUAAGAUUUCAAAUAAUCAGCAGACCUAAGCAAAAAAUUGUUUUUCUUCUCUCCUGCCUGAUAAAUUCUGACUAUUUCUUAUUUAUCUUGUGUGUAUUAUGAGGAAGCCCAAACCAUGUGUGUGAACUAUGGUGCUAAACUUUAUUUAAACUUGAGUUAAUUCGCAUAAACUCACAGCAAAAUUAAAAUGCCGCUCACGUAUUCAUGUAGCCGUAUUAAUUAUUUAAACGUGAUGAAGUGGAUGAAAGAAAAAACAGUUUACAGAAAUUUUGUUGAAAGUGCCUUUUAUACUUGACCAGAAUCUCAAACAGAGACCUUUUGCUGGUAAUUGGAGGUUUUUUUUUUCUCAGUUUGUUGUACCAGGACUUUUUUGAGAUUUGGGGUUAGAAAACCAAAGAAAUCCUUUGUUUUUUUUUCUUGGAGUUUUCUUUUAAGUGUUAAAAAGACAAAGUUUCUUUUCGUGCCGGUGCAGAUGGCAUUUCAAGGUUGGUGACACUAUAUGUGUGCUCACUGACUUUUGGUGUAAUGGAUGAGACUGUGACCCCAGAGAGUCGCUGUGUACUUUUCAGACUCUAUUGUUGCAUCUGACGCAGGAAGGGUUUUGUCUACAAGUUCUUUGAGGAUUAAAAAGAAGCCCUCUAUUUUUGGCUCCAGGGAUCACACUGUGAAAACUUUUCGCAGGGUCAUGGAAGUAACAUUUCUUAUUAACUGUGUGAUGAAAAGAUAUUAUAAUUUUAAAUUCUGUAUGUUGGUCUCACUGUGAGAAUCUGAUCCAACAGAAUCGUGUCAACUUUGGAGACAAAGGGGAAAAUCUAAUAUUUACAAGGUGGAAUAUAACUCAUAACUUUUCUAAUGAAUAAGUUGUAAAAGAAAGACACACUCAUGUCUGUUCUUUCACUUUAAAGUUAAAAUGCAAAUCUAUACUUAACAUAUCAAGAGGUUUCAAAGGUAUAAAUGUCAUAUUGCAGUAAGCAGUGUUGGGUAGUAACACGUUAUUAGUAACGCCGUUACGCAACAUCGUUACUUUAUUCAGUAACUAAUGAUGUAACACGUUUUUUUUAUUUAUUUUUUAUUAAGUAACUAUAUUUCCGUUAAAAAAUGCUGCCUUACAUGUAAACUGUGUCCCAGGUCAAAAAUCCUUUUACAGUGGUUGCUGCCGUAAAAGAUGCAGGCGGAUGUACGAAUUUUUGCUGAUAUUGGACCAAUAUCAAUAUCGUAUCGGGACACCCCUAGUCAACACUCCUCAUGACGAAACAGAUUUAAAAACAAACUUUGGCUACUUUUUCAUUUGAGGAAAUGCAAAUACAGAGAGCAUGUGAGUCUAAGCUAGCAGUUCCUCUGUGUUUAGUUCAUAUGCUGUGCUAACAUACUCUUAACUGUAGCUUCAUUAACCCAGAGAACAGAAAUAAAGGGGGUCUAAUUAUCUGAUCUAAUGCUUGGUAAGAAAAUAAAUGAGCAUUUAAAUCCGAAUAAUACCUUUAAAUCCAACGUCUCAGUUUUAAAUGUUACCCCCAUACUCUCUGUAGCCUUCAGCCGUAAGGAGGAGCUGGCACUAAUGGACUAAUUCUCAUUUUUGAACGCUUGAUUUCAGAGAAAUUAGGGGUGAAUACAAUAAUUUUCUGCCUAGCAUUCCCAUGCUGAUUCCCCCUGCUGGCUACAGAAAUCUUCCCUCAAACUGGAUCCCUGGGAUAAUUAGUCACAGGAAAACUGCCAAGCCUCUGAUAUUAUUCUACACUGACUUGAUUUUAUUGAUGAUUCAUACGUGAGAGGGAAAUGUGCUGUUGGUUUUUCUAAAAGUAGUGAAGCGAGGUGCCAAUGCUGAUAAAUGUUGUCUGUGAGGAGGUGUUAUUUAACGUCGUGAACCAGGAGACAUCCAUCACCGUUGUCUCUCUCACCCGAGUGUGUGUGUGUUUAAGUCUGGGGAGGUGAGUGAGUAAUAAUGGCAGAAUCAGGGUAGAGCGUCAGGUUUGAUCAGAACUCAAGAAUCGAACGGGCAGGAGUCUCCGAGAAGUCCAAAACUCCUCUCUCAGCGCUCGUAGAAAGCGUGAAGCUACUCUGAUUCUGUUUUGAAAUAUUUACCGGCAUCUGGAAGCAAAGACUAACACCGAGCUGAGCUGUGAAUUUCUCCCUCCACUCAAACUGUCAGCCGGAUUCUCUGGGAUUUGUGUUUCAGAGAAGAGUUAUAGGUUUGGGAUGCACCGUCUGUCUUGGGAACUUUAAAUCUAUGAAAACUCUGCCUACCUUCAGGCUUUAAGCACCAAAUAUUCGAAAGCAAGAGUCAAAAAUAGGCCUCCUACUGUACUCUACUUUGCAUAAAAUAAGUCACAAUCUCAGCACUGGUUUAAAACUUCCAAUUUCCCCAUUUUCUAAUCCCCAGAAAUCCCUCUGCCUCUUCUCCCCUCCUCUGUUUUCCAUCUUUCCUUACUCUCCCGCUCAAUACAAACUCCAUCAAUAUCAUUAAAACGGAGAGAACAGGCCUAUGUUUCACUUCUCUGUGAGCGCCAUCCAUUGGGUUUUUAUGGCCAAAGUACUGACAGCCUCCCGGGGGGACGAGGAGCACCUUUGCCAGCAGCCGGAGAGGACGCUUCAUGUUUGUGUAUUAUUUUUAGCUGCCGAGGGCGAUUGAAGGCAGCCAUGCAUCUGUCGAUGACGGAAGAAUAAGGUGAACGCGCAAGUGUGUGUGUGUGUGUGGACUUAAUUUUCAUCUCCUCUGCCCCUGCCAACUGCCAAGCGCAAGUAAAAAAAGGUGGGACAUUGUGAUUCGCUGCACGCAGGUAACACGAGGCUUAGCGCAUUGCAGACUUUGAUCUCUUAGUUCCUUAAACGUUGUGUCAGUUCACUCCCCGCUUGACCUCUGGGGCAGCGGCUGAAUCAAGAACGAUGUGAGGCCUUAAUGAACAUUUCUCAAGUCAGCGGAGCGCGGGGCUGCAGACGUGGAUGUGAAUGAGUUAGGACAUCUGGCAGAAAUAAUCCAGGAUGAAAUACUUUCAUAUAGGAGGAAGUUUUGUCGACUGCGCCCUACUGUUUUAUGGGAGUUCUGUUUAUGCUCUCAAAAAGCCAAGAAGAUUAGUUAUAGCGAGGAAGAGCUUGGAAUUAUGUAAGAGGAUGGAUUAAGAUAUGUAAAUGCAAUUAUAGUAUUAUAGUAUGGGCUGAAAAGGCCGGUUUGUUACACAUUAGUCCUCUGAAGGGAUGAGAGUAGCUUAUUUUAGAUACAUGGGGAAAGCAAAUGGCAUUUCCCUAAUUUCCAGCUCCAGAGAGAGGUGACGAGACGAGUCAGAGAGGAGAGCUUCACACAGGACAGAGAGAGAAAAAGAGAGAGAGAGAAAGAGAGAGAGAGUGUGUGCAUGUGCAAGACAGAGAGCAAAAUCUACGUCGUCAUAGAGUCACGUGACCGCCGAGUUUCCUUGGAGACAGCAGCAGUGUAGUACAUUGAGAUGCUCGCCCGCUCAGUCGAGGGCAGAUUAGGCAUCUGGCAGCAGCAGCAGCAGCAGCAGCAGUUGGAUGUAUUUUGCCCGCCAGACAGGUGCUCGCUCCCCUCACAGAGGUAAGUGUGCUGACUCGUGGUUCCCCCGUCAUCUGUCUGGUCGCUCACCUUCAGGCUGGAUUAUUGUGACAUAAUCAGCGUUAAAUGAGAAGGUAAACAUCUGAGUGCAUGGACUGUUCCUGCAGGAGGCUGACAGACAGGGGAGCAUGUGCAGGUUGUUGUUUCUCUGUUUGAUUGUUUUACCUUUAGCGUCGGAAUUAGCAGGACAGGGUUUGUUUGUGCAAGUGGAUUUGGAAGCUGAGAAUUAAGACUGAUGAAUUACUCAUGGUUUACUUUUAGAUGUGUCAGGGUAGUCCAGGGGGAAACUAAAAUGCGAGUAUUAAAUAAUUUCAGAGUGGAUUUAAAAAGAGCACAGUGAUGCAGGGAACAUGUAGUUGCUCUGUGAAUGAAUAACCUUGCAUAUUAUCGGCAUGCAAAUAUCAUGUGAUUAAAUUUAAUGUUAUUUUUGUUGUGUGUUUAGUUGAAAGAAAAAUAUGUGAGUGUGUGAGCUGUUGGAAAAGGCAGAAAAAGGCUGUCAGUGCCUCACGCUGAUAACAUUAUUCUGCACAGUGUGGAUAUAAAUAGUGUGAUUUUGAGCAAAAGUGCUGAUCGGACAAGUAAGCAUAAUAAGACACAAUGCUGCUCAGUGUUCAGCCUUUUUAUGUGAUAAUGAGCGCUUUAAAUAAAACAGUCACAGCCUGAUAAAAACACCGACAAACUUCUGUUUUUGUACGUCCUGGCUGCUGGGAUGCUGAAAUGUUGUUGUGUGGUGCUUGACUCAGAGUUGUGAAGAGUGAUAUUUUGAUCUGUUAAUGAGACUCAGUGGUCCCGGGGUUGUUUGGGCUCAGACGGGCUCAUCAGGGCCGACCACUCAGCCGCCAGAUGGACCACAUCGCUUUGUUUACCCUCGCAAAUUACCUCCCACAAUGUCACCUCUCCUGGUUUUUCACAGACUUCCACUUUAAUUAGAGUUCUUGUCUCGCUGUUAUUUUGCUUCCUGGAGAAACAAUUGCUCCAUGAUUUAACUAUUACAUGUGAUGUCGACUUUUUGCACCACAUCCCUCCUCUGCCUUCCCCCCCUCUUAUCCUCUUUUUGUACAGUUGGAUUAAAUUGAAGUGAGGAUCGCUGAUUCAUGAUUACUAAUAAAAUGCAAAUGCCCUCUCUCCCUCCAUUCCCCCUGGUGACACGCACCACAGGCCUCUGCAGCGUAGCAUUAAAGUCCUCUAAUCUUGUCUUUUAGUCAGCCGAAACCAGCGGCCAACAACAUGAACGACACAAUGCUCAUGUCCUCCGGGGCACCCACUCCCACCAAAAGGUAAGCACCCUACCCACCCCCUUUCAGGCAUCCUGCAUACAGAUAUUAUCCUGAUUAUUCAGAAUUAGCAUCACUUUUGUCAUUACUGCCUCUAAUGUAUGCUGCACGGAUAACAGAACGUCACUCUGAGUUACUCUCAUGUAAAAUAAGUUAUUUUUAUCACGCAGAGUUUGCUCUGAUCGUAGGAUUCUCGCUGACACAUUCUCUCUCAUCAGUGGAGAAAAAUAACAAGAGUAACGCAUCAAACCAGACGCCAGACUCUUUAUUUGUUACCUCACACUUGACACAUAUCUGCAUCGGAGCUUCAUGCCCUUCUGAGUGUAUUUUUAGAGGGGAAAAUUUGCCACGCUGUCAUGGAGAAUAUGUGAGCAGUCCUACUUAAAGGCUCGAUUUGACAAAUAGAUUAUGAUAGAAUUAGAGCCUCGUCGUGUAAGCAGAUAGCAGGCGACGCGUUCUGUGAAAGCAGCCUCUCAUGUCAGUGAAAGGCCACCCCUGUUAUUAGUAUUUACUCACAGUGGUAAUGAUCCAUUUGUGGUUAUGAAUCCAAUAAUGGAGAGCACUCUGGGGCAGCUGUAAUGCAUCUGCACUCGGUCCUGCAGGGCCGUGCUCGGUGGAUUCGCCUUUUUUGUGUGUGUGCACAGUAUCUCUUCAUCACAUCUUUCCGGCAAUUUGUGUUUGAAAGAUGGGCCCGCUCAGGGACUCGGGGUUUCAAACAGCAUAUACAAAGGAUGUGAGGUCACUGUCUGGUGUUCAGGAAGGGUAAAGGUUUUCAGGCUGACCUUGUCUUAAGAGCGGGUGUGUGACUGAAAUCCAGACUCUGGGGGUGUAUUCAGGAAGAGCUUGAAUGAAAUCUGUGGCUGUUUUUUUUCUUACCUUUUAUACUCCCAGGCUGCUCAUCCAGUGCUACAGCAAGGACCCAGGCAGCUGAAGGGCAGCACACACACUGCAAAAAAUGUCAAAUACAGCAGUGUGAAACUUUGAAUGUCUAGCUAUUAUCAUAAAAAUCUGCUGACACUUCACAGCUUAGCUCUACAAAUGGAUACAAUAUUCUCUAAAUUGAAUUAUCCAAACAUCCAGGUAGAUUUUUAUGCAUACCUAUAAAAAAAAAUUGGCCACUAGAUGAAGUUAUGUUGCCAAGAUGAUCAUUUUUUACAGUACAGUCCUGUCUCCAAGGAAGACAGUAUCAAGAUUAGACCAAGUGUGGAGAAACCUGACAAGAGGGGAGGGAAACCCCAGGCAAGAACGAUGCUUUCAGACCCGUGGAGGUCAGCGUAUGACAUCCCAUGUUGCGGUGCCUUCGAGAACAACACGACACUGUACUCAGGUCUGUUUCUUUACAGCGGUAAUGACGAGGCCUGAUAACCUUUGUGAUGACAUUUUGCUCUGUGACUCAGAGCUGCUUUGGGAUGAUGCCGUGCACCGAGGAUGUUGUGGCCUCAGGGGAGCAGAAAAGAGAAAAAACAACUACAAAGCCGCAAAAGUAAGGGCAGAAACUGCGUGUGAAGCCAGUGGGAUGCUCUCAAAACAGGUUUCUCUGAGUGUCAGCACGGAUACGGGUGGAUGAAAUGUUGAAUGAGGCCACUCGGAAUGUCACAUUUGGUCUCUAAAUAUUAAUCUAUUGUGUUAAGUAGCCUGCCUGCUUUCACAUGAAGGGCUCAUGAGUCAAAGAUGUCACUGCUGAAUAAUGCAAAGCUCCUUGUGGCUUAGUUCGACAGCCCAAAACAAAAAAAAAAAAAAAAACACACCAGCUCUGUUCUUUAUUUUCUUCAGAAUCCAGAGGAGGAGAAAAACCCAUGAAAAAAAUUCUCAAUUUUGUGUCAAAGAUUGUGCAUGUUGUACUCUCAGCCUCCAUCACAGCCUGCUCUCUGAUAGCGUCUGCUCUGCUGCUGACACGGCACCUGCUCCGCUGCACCUCUCUCUCUCCCUCUCUCAGACAAUCGCUCACCACGAGCUGCUCCUCCAAGGGCGAGGUGCAAUUUAUUACCUGUUAGUCAUGCAGAACGGUGGCGGGGGAAGAUAAAAUUAGAAAAAAAAAAAAAGGAGGAGAAGGAAAAUGGUGUCUAGAGCUUGAUGAGUUUAUUCAAAGUAAAGAUGGACCAAACUCUGAGUCGGGUAUUUGUUUUGAAGUCAACUCCUUGAAUGUUUUCGUGACAAACUUUAAAAUGACAAAUUGGAUUAUGACUCUCUUUACUCUACCCUUAACGCCUCUGCUUGAAAAUAAGUCUGAAUUUAGAGUGUGUUAUAAAGCUGACAAUAAUUAAAUGAUUGCUUAUUGAUUUUUAGUGGAACAUCCUUUAAUUUAUUGAAAUAAAAAGACGGUAUUUUAUUCCUGCUCUACGAAAUCCUGCCGUCAUUAUUAAUGGCUCCAAGCUGAUUUUAAUUAAGAACUAGCCAAGUGAGUUAUUGAAACCUUUGUUUCACACUUACGGCACGUUUAGUCUGACAUAACUGCGGCUGUGAAACACUUAGUAAUACUUUCCUUCAAGUUGCAAAGUCACAAGCCGUUGGCAAUUAUUUCUUCAAAACGUAGAAAUGUCAAAACCAAGUUCUGCAAGGGUUAGUGCUUACAUAUUAAAUUCUGGGGAUGCUCUAAUCUCUCUAUUUUCCUGACACUGUAACACAGACUGUCUGCCAGCAUCAUCCCUUUUUUCUUCAUUUUAAUUGGCAUACUUUUUAAACUCAAAGUUAAAGCUCCUAUGGGAAGUUUUUAACAGCUAGUGGAAGUGGCUGAAUUUAAUAUUGAUGUCUCUUAGUGACCUAAAAAAGCAAACAAGAUCAUUAAAACAGAGUGCUUAUUCACGGACAGUUAUUUUUAAUUUCUGAAACCACUGGCAGGGGGGUGUAGGGGUCAGACCAACUAUUUUGCAAAGAUUCUCAUUAAAUCAGACAUUGAACUGUAAAAAAGAGGAAAAGAUGGUGCUUAUCUAAUCAAGAAUUACUUAUAACACCAAUGCAGGGAAAAAUGAGCGAAGAUGCGUCAUCCACAGGGGGCGCCAAAAACAUCACAAACUGAGAACUCCUCACAGUAGCUUUAAUGUGGCCAAGGUUUGCUGUGGUAACAUAACAGAGCUGUUAAGAAGCUGUGAAUGUUUUGACUCUAAAUACAUUUAUAAAAAUAGCAUGAUCUUAUAUUAGGGUUUUCGCAAUUUAAUUUAGUCUAUCUUUAAUUAAUCAGAGGAGAUUAAUCGCACCAGAUUUAGCUAAUUAGUUAGAUUCUAUCUUCAGUAAAUGCUAUUAAAUGUCAAUAUUGUUGAUGCAGCGUCACUUAUGUGUAAAGCGAGUGAACUCCUCAUGACUGAGGCCAGCUGUUUCUCACUGCUACAGUGCCUCAAGGAUGAAAAAUGGAGUGACACAGCUGACAAAGUUGCUCAAAAGUGGGACAAGUUAUCCAACAACCGAGGCAGAGUUUAAGAGGUUUUCAUUAAUAAACGGUUUCAUUAAACAGCAGAGAAACAUCAUAUCAUGUCUUUAGAGGGUGGUGAGUCAUCUAUGCUCAUUACCAAACCUAUCAUCCAGACAACAGACAGAAGCUCAUUAUAAUUUUUAUGUUACUUAAACACCAGAAGAGCUUCGAACAAGAUCACAUUUUAUUUAAAGCUCCUAUGAGGAACUUUUGGUUCCACAUUAUUUGCGCCCCUUGCGGACAGAGUAGCCUUAGCUAAUUUUGUCCACUACAUGUUUCACUUCUGACUUUAGACCAAAAUCUCAUCCUGCUGACUUUUGACAGCCAACUGUAUGAUUUAUUCUGAAUAUUUUGUGUGUGUAAACACCUGCUGCUUCAGCUACUCAGCUGACAUCUACCCAAACAGUUACAGGCAUUUACAUAAAAUUAGGAUAUAAAACUAUGAGUCUUGUCGCUGAUGGUCUUGUUCUCUUUCGGAUAUCGUGGACUAGCACCAGUGUGAAUUUCAGUCUAUUUCAAAGAUGUUAGAAAACUCCUCAAAGGAGCUUUAAAUGUGACAACUACAUAUUAAAAGGUAUUCAAUGAGUUCAACAAACAAUUCAACACUAGAAAUAUGCUGAUAACAUACAUCCUUACAAUACCUGAGUUUACUCUGCAGACUUAGAUGACAAGAUUGUUGGGAAUCUCAUCCAGUUUAACAAGCAAACAUACUAACAGUUAAACUGCAAACCCAAUCAGGAUGAUGUUGAGUCUUUGCCCAAAUGGUAAGCUAAUUUGAGUUUUUGGCAUCUCAAAGUUUUGACCUCAUAUCAAAACUGAGUGUUUUAAAAAGUGCUACAUCCACCCCCUCAAGCUUAAUUAGGACCAGUCGUGUCUGAGGUUUUGUGUUUUCCGAGCAAAAAUGUCUGUAUACCUUCACAAGUGCGAGAAAGAUAAAAGAUUCCUGGGAAAGAUGCCAGUUCAGGGGAGCUUGAAGGCGGUUGAAGCGUUUUUGUCCAACACCCUGGCACAGACAGAGAGGUGGUGCCAGGAAACGACAGGAGAGGCAUUUGUUCUGAGAGCCUGAAGAUCCAGACAUGCAGGCAUCGUAGGGUCACAGAAGUUCUCCUCUGAUGGGCAUCAACGCAUCACUUUAAUCUCACACCUCAGGCUCUGUCUACACUUCAGCCUGAGGAUGGGACUUUCAAUUAUUUAGAUAUGUGUCCUAUUUAGGACAUUUCCUGACAGUUUUGAGAUUUUUGUCAAAACAAGCACUUUGUCAGACUAAUAGAGGGAUUCUUCUUUUAUCUUGCACACACGAGCGGAAUGAUUUUGAGUCAGGUCACGGUGUCUUUAAAUCCAAUGAUCUGCUGAGUAUUUUAAGAUUGUGGCAAGCGAGAAAGGAGCUGGAGAAGCUAAAAUUAUCUCAUCACAGUCGCUGCUUUUUAUCUGCUUAGGGAAGAGAUAAGAUUUUAAUGCAGAUGUGGAUGAACAGGCUGAUUUGCAAAGCGUUUUAGGGGCUGGGUUAUUGGCGUUGUAUGAAGAUUAAUGACGCUUCACCUCCUCCUGGUUUGUAAAAGUGAAGCAAAAAUGCCUCAAAGAUGGGUGCAGGACGUGACAGUCCGAGUUUGGCCUGUGCGUGUGAUACCGUUUCCAGCUUUUCUAGCCAAUCAGAGGCGAAGGAGGCGGGACUUUCCCCUACCGUCCAACAAAAAAAUAUAUCCUGUGCAGGACAUUCAUGGACUCUUGAGUGUUUGCUCCAUUUUAUUUUGCUGUUCUCCUUCUGCUCUGCUAAUUUGAUGAGGGGUUCAACAGUAGCUGGCAGAGCUGUCAAUCAUGGCGGUGUGCCACUUUUUAAACAAAUUAAACCAGACAAAACUGAACUUUUCAUAAAAAUAAGACAUGAAUCAGCAUAAUAAGAAUCAACUAUGAUGACAGAAGUCAUGUCUAAGAGAAACUUGGUAUCAGCUUUGAUUUUAUAAUUUUGUCCAUGUCUCAUCUGUUACCAUGGAGGAGGCAGGCUCUAAGAAUUUUGAUCAAGCAGCAUGAUUAGGGAUGUGGUUGAUUGACAGAGAGGGGGCAUGUUGUUGUAGCUGAUUGCCAGGAGGCUAAAACUCUACCUCCAACACUGAGAUGACAGUAUGUUCAUGUUUUACACAGUCACUAAUUUUGGCUUCACUUUCAGGGAGCUGUCAUGUCAUCCGUCUUUCUAUACAGUCUGUGGGCUGAGCGGUAAAAUCUGCGGGGAACUGUGGCUGUCGAUGCAGCAGGUUUAAAGCCAGAUUGGGUUUAAUGGUCUUAAUCAUGGCUCACUCUCCAGUCAGAGUUAGAGAAGCGUCCAGCGCGUUCCGUCUCGACUCUCCUUCACUCCUCAUCGCAGACUAGGACAGCAUAUGUCCGCUCGUCUGUCUGCGCCAUAUGCCCCACCCAUGAUCAUUUAAAGCCUCAUGCCUUAUUUGACAUUCCCUGUCAGUAACCAAGUGGCCAGAACGGGCACUGGCUCAGUCACAAAUGCAUUUGGCAUGCUGCAUUCUCUCUUAUUCAUCUCAGUUCAUUGUUAUGAGCAAUUAUCUCAGACUGUCUGUCAGCUUUGGAGUCAAAAUCAACUGUCAUAUAUGAAGGUCACCUGCUUAUUAAAGAGGUUUUUUACCUACCCAAGCUUUCACAUUAAGGUCAACGCUUCCAGAUGUGUGUGUGUGUUUGAUCUGUGUUUCUGCUUUAACUUUGCACAGUGUCUUGGAGAGUCCGAGCCGGUUAGAUGAAGAGCACCGCCUCAUCGCACGCUACGCCGCCCGCCUGGCAGCUGAGGCGGGAAACUCCACAGUGAGUGUAUGACAGGGUGGACUUUAGCCCGACUGACUUUCAUGUGCUGUGACGUGGAAAACUGAGAUGUUUGAGUUCCUAUGUUGAGCCCUAGAAGUCAGACUGUGAAACAUUGGAGAAUAAAUGAUUAUUUCUUGAACGUAAGAGAAGAAGCGAGAGGAAAAUGUGUGAAAACAAGCAUAUGUCAUCAGACUGAAGUUGAUCCUAAUGCCCCAAUAUGAGCUGCAAAAGAAAUUUAGCCCAGAAGACAGACGACUGAUCAUUUAUUUAGCCGUAGUCGUUUAAUCUGCCUGUCAAAGCAGUCAGAUGAGCACAAAUAAAAAGUUAUUAAGAAAUCUGUCAUGCAGAAAAACCAAAGUUAUAUUCACCAAAGCGGAAAACUUUCAUGUCACUUUCACUUUAUUUAAAUUCAUACUUUUCAGGCUGACUUUACUAUAGCGGGAUGAAGAAGAGCUGUGGUGAAGCUGAAAUUGCUCUCUGUUUAGGCAGCAGCAUAAUAAGUCUCCAGCAGAGAAUCAUUUCUGCCCGCUGUGAUCAGAAGGAAGCUGCUGCUGUUUUCACUUUUGUUCUCCCACCGUUGUUAAUGCCUUUCUAUGAUAAUUUUGUUUUGCAGCAACAAUGUCCCCCAACAGAUCUGAGCUUCAACUUUGAUGCAAAUAAGCAGCAGAGACAGCUGAUUGCAGAGCUGGAGAACAAAAACAGGUAUGAAUGAUCAAACCUCAGUCGUACAAUAAAAGGGAAUCAGUGUCUUUGUGUUAGGAGUAGUUUAAUGUAAUUACUUUAAUAUACUUAAGUGCUUCACUUGAAUAAAGCUGCUAGGCACAUGUGCUUUAUCUUCUAUGGACAACAUCUGUCUUUUUUGGCUGUGUAAAAGGGAUAUUCCGGCAUAAAAUAAAUUAAGGGUCAAACACACCGUAACACAGAGUUAGGCACCCCCGAGAGGUGAAUGUUGCCGACCGCUUGCUUCUCUAGUUAUACCAACUUUAGUAACGACCACAGGAUAGCAAUACACAGCGGCCUGAGGAGCCACGCGCUCAACCAAAACACCACUCUAUAGCCACAAAUAAUGCUCAGAACAGCACCUAACUUCAUCAACAGGACAUAUAGGGUGCCAGCCAUAGUACUAGCCACCAAACAUCUUUUUAGCUUUGCCUAAUUUCUUUAGCAAAGAGACCUACACAACUCACCUACUCUCUUCCAGCAGCCACUUGUUUGUAGCGAGACCUCAGGCCAAUCCAUUACAGACUACAGUGGGGGGACACAGCUCAAGGAAGAACAUUUACGAUCAUUUCUAUAUGGAAGUGCAAUCAGACCAAGAUGCUAAGACAGAAGAACUACCGUGUCUGCAGUGCAAAAUGAUUAAUAUGGUGAUUAUAACCUCAAGAAAAUGAUAAAGAAAUGAUCAUAAAUGUUCUUCCUUGAGCUGCGGCACCCCGCUGUAGUCCGUAAUGGACUGGCCUGAGGUCUCGCUACAAACAAGCGACUGCUGGAAGAGAGUAGGUGAGUUGUGUUUAGUCUCUUUGCUAAAGAAAUUAGGCAAAUUAAAAAGAUGUUUGGUGGCUAGUACCAUGGCUUGGACCCUAUAUGUAUUGUUGAUGAAGUUAGGUGCUGUUCUGAGCAUUAUUUGUAGCUAUAGAGUGGCGUUUUGUUUGAGGUUUGUUUAUGGCUCCUCAGACCGCUGUGUAUUGCUAUUGUGCGGUCUUUACUAAAGUUGGUAUAACUAGAGAAGCAAGCGGUCGGCAACAUUCAUCUCUCGAGGGGGUGUCUAACUCUGUGUUAUGGUGUGUUUGACCCUAACUUAAUUUUACACCGGAAUAUCCCUUUAAAAUGGCACUCAUGAGAGGAUGAGUCUACCUGAAGUAAAAAUUGGAAGGCUAGCAUAAAUAAAAUAUGGAGAGCUACACUGUUGUAAUAUCUGUCUGGUAAAGAGAAGGCCACAGCAAUAAGACAGCUUGCCUGGCUCCGUCCAAAGGUGUCAAAACUCACCCACCGGCCCUCUCUAAAACUCAUAAAUAAACAAUGUAGAAGUUUGUCUCUCUGUGCUGUUUAUUGAACUGACCGACUCACUCAUUCAGGGAGAUCCUCCAGGAGAUCCAGCGGCUCCGUUUGGAGCACGAGCAGGCCUCUCAGCCGACCCCAGAAAAAGCCCAGCAGAACCCCACGCUCCUGACUGAACUGCGGCUCCUCAGGUAUUGUUAUUCACCACCACGACACUUCUCUUAGGAGCAUCUUCUUCCUGUCAACAGAGAAGAAAAGUCGUAUAUUAAGGAAAUGAAGCAGUCAGACCACUCAGGCCCGUUGUAUUUAUGUAUGCCGAGCUCAUUCUCCCAGUCGAAAUAAUGUCUUCCUAAUUCAGCUGGGUGAGUUUUUGGAUUAGCUUCAUCAGCAGCAGUGCGGGCAUUUGUCAUGCUGGCAGGGCGCGGAGACACUUGGGCGCAGUUCUUGGAAAAGAAUCACCCCAAGACGAGUCGCUACUGCACUUGUUUCCCUGAGUGACUCACUUCGUCGUCUAGCCCAGACUUAAUGAUGGAUCAGCAGUGAGAUUUAUAGUCCCCGACUGUGAUUAGGAUUAGAUUAUGUGAUCGUUUGAUUUAUAAAUCAUUUACUUUCACUCACUUCUGGUAGGUAAUAAACAGGGUUUUUUGCAGGGACAUGAGAUGCAGGACUUGUAUGUGAAGGAAGUCAUUUAAAAAAAAGAAAGUAAUUAAACUGAAAUAAUUGGUUUAUGAAACUGCAGGGCAGAUUUAUGCUUUUUAAAAAUCCUCUUUAAUCCCGUCUGUCUAGAAGCAUGUGUAGCUUGCUGAGCCUGUCUGUAAUUCAGGUUUUAGACCAAGAUAUUAUCAAUCAUACUAUCAUGGACUGCACUAGCUCUGGUCCAAAACACUAGAGCUGAAGAUAUUACCGUUUGCAGAUGUUUUGAUAGCAUGACAUCAUAAACAGAGGACCUGCAGGUAUUUUUUUGCUUUUUUUUCAAUCGCAGGUACACUUAGUGAACACUAGAGGGGGUUAAUGAGACAGAAUCUUCACAUGAGACAUAUUGCUUGAUAUUAACCAUGCCCUCUUUAACAUUAGGUGUUUAAAACCUAUGUUACCCGAGGAUUAAGUUGUUGUUUCAGCCUUUAGUGUGAAUGAAAAUAUAGUGCCUACCCUCAUCCACAUGCUCAUUAUAGUGCUGUACAUUUAGAGCUGCUGACACCUGUCCUAGAUUAAAACAGGUUUCAUAUUCUACACAUCACUUUGAACUGCAGGUUCCUCUGUUAAAAAGUUUUGUUGUUAGGUGCACGGUAAUCUUAGUCACUCAUUUGAGUCUUUAUUUUGACAAGAACUGCUGCUAGGUUAUGAAUUUUUAAUGCCAGAAAGGAUGAGUUGUAAUUUUUGGUAAUAAUAUUGCAGCUUUGUUUUUUCCAUUUUUAUAAAAGUGACAAGUGCAGAAAUGAAAAUGGAAGAAAAAAAAAAUAACAGGUUGGGUAAAAAAUUAAAGUAAGUUUCUCUACUUAGGCUGAACUUUAUGACAGGCUCCAGCAGGAGCCAGAUGUGGCCCUCUCUUGUUAUCAAAACCUCCUGUUUCAAUGUUAAAGGAGCAGUUCACCACUAAAUAAUGAUAACUGACACUUUUGGAGUGAAUUCACUAAAAAAGGAAGAUACGGUUUGUUGAGUUUUUUGAAAACAUAGAAGAAGAUUAAUUUUAAACAGCAAAUGGUUUGAACGAAUGUAAAACUAGUGUGUGUUUCUGUGGUUGGUGUGAAAAUGUGGAAGAAAAGGACUGCAGAAACAUUUUUCAGUUUAAGGAAAGAUUUUAGUGGAGAAUAUGGAAGCUAUACAAAAGCAUGUUAUGAUGAAAGAGUUUUAUUUAUCUAUUUUUUGUUUUAUUUAUGUAUAUUUUAUUAUUUUGUAUGUACCUUUUCUUCAGGUUAUUUACAUGAUUACUGUAUUUCAUUGGAUUCAUCUAUAUGGGUUUAUUACACCGCAGUCAUCUGAUGUAAGUGGAUAUUUGUUUUAAGCAAGGUGCAGGGAUUAUAAAUUUGCUUCAUCCUGCACUUUUCCAGUCAAAAAAAAAAAACACAAAGAUUUACAUCCCCUCCAGUUUUAAAAAUGAUCCCUUAACUUCUUCCUUCUGCAGACACAGGAAGGACGAGCUGGAGAGGCGCAUGUCAGCGCUGCAGGAGAGCAGACGUGAGCUGAUGGUGCAGCUGGAGGGGCUUAUGAGGCUGCUAAAGGUAAGACGAUCACCUGUUACCAGUAGAUUCAGAUGUAGUAAAGACCUUAAAAUCUUUUAAUGUCCUGAGAUAUCCAUUAUCCUAAAUCUGCUGUUCUUUGAAGCACUUUAGAGGGUUUGUCAGUGAUCUAGAUUAUAGUACGAGGUUUUUUUUAAGCCUGUUGGCAUGUCUUUCGACAGAUAUUGGCAUGUUUGAUCUAAGACGAUGUCGUGAUGUUGACUUUUGUUAAUGUGUUGUAAAAGGCAUGCAGUUUUCUUCCUUCUUCCUCUGCUGCUUUAAUUCUGUUGCUCUCACUCUCCUUGCUCUUUUCACUGCUUUCCUUUGCUGGCUGAUAGGAUGAGGAGCAGAAGCAGGCUGUAAGUUGCCCUUAAUUCAGUUUACAAGGCUUAAUACUUGGCUCUAGUCUCAGCACUUAGUUUAAUACUACUUCCCUUUCCCCCGUUCACACAAAAAUGAAGGGAGGAAGUUUUUAUUAUAGAUUUAAAGAAGGAUGUUGGAGAGAUAAUAGGAUUCUGCUAUAACUGGGUUAGCAUCACGUAGUCCCUCUCUACCGCUUCCUCGCCACUCCACUAAAGGGCUACGCAAGAACACAAUCUUUCGAAUGAGCUAUUUCAGGUUCAAACAAGUUGAGGGAAGUGUGUUUCUCACAGCCUGAAUGUCAGGGACCUGCUCCUUUCAUCGGCGCUAACAACCUCCCUUCUAAUGUGACUGCAGUCUGGCCAGCCAUCUGCUGCCUGGCUCUGAGCCAUCAACCCGGGCCCGCACCAGUCCCAGAGACACACAGCGAUCCUUUCUCCGUGAUAUAUAUCUCUCAUCUCAGCACAGGCCGCGGUCGCUCACCCACACAUGGUUCUCAUUACCCCCCUGACGCAGUAAAGGUGCACUAUAGAGACGUGCAGAAUAGCCGGGCUGUAUAGGAUUUCCAGAAGGUUUUUCUUACCCUGUUUUUGUUUGUUCCCCCCAUAAGGAUUAAGUUCUUUGGGUCACAUCUGCGUCUAUGUAGUUUUAAUAAAGUCAUCUGUAGAAGAGAAAAGGGCAUCUCUUCCCAAAGCUGCAAUCUGUGACUGCAAUCAGGCGUCUUCCAUUGGUGGGAGUUAACUCCAGUAUUACCACGUUAUAAUGCCAUUUUAUUCCUUAAAAGCCCCCAAAUCUGAGGUUUUCAUAUAGAAGACAAUCCAGAUUAUCAUUAAAAUUACACAAAUAUAUUGUUUUUUUAUGCACCAUAAAAGGGAGAAGCUGUUUUUUGCUCUUUAGCUUAAGCCAAAGUGAGCGCUGCAUAUAAUUAAGUGUAAUUCAGUGUUCAAGUGUUCAAUUAUGGUGCAAAUCAGGACUGCAACUGAAUAAUAAGUCUGUUUCUAAAUUAGUUUUCUCAGAUAAUUAUGUGACUUUACAAAAAAAUUUAACUUUCGUACAAAGGGGAUGUAUUAAAGGGAUAUUCCGGCAUAAAGUUAAUUCAGGGUCAAACACACCGUAGCACCGAGUUAGACACCCUGUUGAGAGAUGAAUGUUGCCGACCGUUUGCUUCUCUAGUUUUACCAACUUUGGUAACGACCGCACGAUAGCAAUACACAGCGAACUGAGGAGCCAUAAAAAAACCUCAACCAAAAAGCCACUCUAUAGCCACAAAUAAUGCUCAGAACAGCACCUAACUUCAUCAACAGUAUAUACAGGGUCCCAACCACAGUACUAGCCACCAAACAUCUUUUUAACUUUGCCUGAUUUCUUUAGCAAAGAGACUAAACACAACUCACCCACUCUCUUCCAGCAGCCGCUUGUAUGUAGCGAGACUUGAGGCCAGUCCAUUACAGACUGCUGUGGGGUGCCGCAGCUCAAGGAAGAACAUUUAUGAUCAUUACUUUAUCAUUUCCUUAAAGUAAUAAUCACCAUAUUUAUCAUUUUGCACUGCAGACGCAGUAGUUCUUCUGCCUUAGCAUCUUGGUGUGUUUGACCCUUAAUUAAUUUUACGCCGGAGUGAACACAUUUCCUAACAUUCAUGUAAAUACAGCACCAACCAUUUCUGUCUGAUCUGAUUGCGCCUUAUCUAUUCUGGAUGUUUUUUUAUCUUUCAGUCCCAGUCUGGAGGAUCCCCCCAUUCCUCUCCCAGUCACGGCGCCGGCUGCUCCAUGCCCAUGCCCAUACGCUCCACCUCAGCUGGGUCCACCCCGACUCACACACCACAGGACUGCCUGGCAGGGGUGGGAGGGGACGUGCUCGAGGCCUUCGCUCAGGGUGAGUUUGCACCAACACCCAAGACAAGUACAAUUCAUCUUUAAACUUCUGCACAAUCUAGACACAUAGUAGCUUUUCAUACUUUAAGAAAACACACAGAAGUGGUGAUCCACGAACAAAACUGCAGUAUGAGAAGCUGUAUGUGUUUUGAGUUUGGUUGAAUUUGUCUCUGUUUGUGUAGGAGUACCUAGGAAUCUUCGGAAUGAUCUAUUAGUUGCUGCUGACUCCAUCACAAAUACCAUGUCAUCACUGGUGAAAGAGCUCCACUCGGGUAAGUCUAUGGCACACGAUUUAAAGUAUUCUUUAUCUAUAGACUGGAAAGAGGAAGUGGGCGUGGCUUCGAGGUCUACAAAGUGAACCAAAAAUAUGCUGAUCUGGUUUGGGAUUUAGAGAAGCCUCCUUUAGAUGACUUGAUUCAAACCUUAAUAAACAUUUUCCUCAUGUGUUUCUAUGUUAUACACUGUCUCUAAAAUGCAGUGUUUUCUUUUAAAGUCGACGAUGGGGCUGAGGAAGAAGAGACCAACAUGAGGAACGGAGGGGACAGAGGUAAGUCACACAUACUAUAAAGUCACACUGUAUAAUAAUGACAUUUGCAGACAUUCAUAGUUAAGUUUGGUUGAAACAUCAAUAAUAUUUCCUUUCUUGUUUUUCAGCUGAAGCGGAAUGAACAACAAAAAGUAGGAAUUAUAAUCAAUAUUAUGUUUUUCACAUUUAUCACAGCACACAAAACAAGAUCGCCUGUGACUGUAAUAAUAAUUUUACAUCAUUAUGAUAAACUUGGAUUUAACAUGAUUACGUGUUGUGUUUGGGAGUGAAUUUACAAGAUAAUGGGUCAGCCCAUUUCAAGGGAACAAGAAACUAGACAGAUGAUUUUUCCUAGGAAGAGGAAUAAUAAGAUAAGACGGCUGUCCGAUCAAAUUAAUGUGUUUAUUAUCUAAUUAAAAGAAAAACAAGAUCAUUUACUUCUUAACAAAACAUUUCUCCUGUGUCAUAGAAACAACAGCUUAUUUUUUCUGAGGGUGAACAAGCACAUCAACCCACCAUCAUGAGAAAAACACUCUGAUAAGAGCAUAAUUCACUUUUUAUCUCCAUGUAAGGAUGAGAAAUGAUUACAGAUUUGCAGCCAUGGCCAGUCUUUGCCUCUUUCUAUAAAUAAGCUGUACAUACAGUGUUUUCUCUGAAUCUGAACAAAGAGCAGUUGGUGCCGGUAAUGAAAGCUUAUUAUUUGUUGGAUUGGAUAAAAAGACCACAGAUAAACAUUUGCAUGUCACCUUCUUCAGCCAAAAAUAUCCUUCUUUGGCUCCUUAUUAUGGGCUUCUGCUACAGCUAAACCCUCCAUCCAAAGUAACAAGGCACCAUGGCACUUAGCCACAGAGCCAUUUACGCUUUUUUUCAGACUGCAUGCUGUGUGUGUGUGUGUGUCUGUGUGUUUCCAGGCACAGCGAGAGAACCGAAGCACUGA